GAAGCACUACAGGAGUAGUUUUUAAUACAGUAACUUGUCACAUUGAAUGGGCCGUAAGAAAAAUGGUUUGGGUGGCUACGGGCUGACAGGUUGGGAGGACGAAGCCAGGAUUUAAUAGCUGCCGCCUAUUAUUUUUUAAGUUGAGUUUAAGAGUUUGCAUUAUAAUAUCUUUGAAGGAAGUGAUCGAGCUCCCAAAUUACACAUAUGAAGGAUGGCCGGGGAGCGUGAGACGGGCUUCAUCAACAGUCAGCCUAGCAUAGCAGAAUUUAUGACAGGCGUACCCCAUAUCAAUGAGGGCUUUGUCGACUCAUCAAUCACGGAAAAUUCGAGUAUGGGGCGCACUGGGUACUGCCGAGCUAUGUACAAUGGCGGGGACAGGUUAAACUGUGUGCAGGACUUGGGUUCACUCGUGCCGGACGCUGUUAAAGACACGGCGGGUCCAGCCGUCAAAUUACCCGAAUUUCCCUGGAUGAAAGAUAAAAAGCAAGUGAGGAAGAGCCAGGAUCGUAUUCGAGCACAGACAGGAAGCGAAAUAGAUUUCCAUCUUUCCGCUGAGAACAGUCCUGGAGAUUUACCCUCGCCGCCUGGAGGCACCAGUUCGUCGAGUGCCGCAACACGGCGACUCAGAACUGCAUAUACAAAUACGCAACUUCUGGAACUUGAAAAAGAAUUUCAUUUCAACAAAUAUCUGUGUCGUCCCAGGCGAAUAGAAAUAGCUGCAUCGCUGGAUCUUACAGAGCGCCAGGUAAAAGUAUGGUUUCAAAACAGAAGGAUGAAAUACAAGAGACAAUCGCAGGUACAGAAACAGGGGAGGGAUUCGGACGAGUUGAAAGUGUCGAGCAGCUCUUUCAUGGACCAGGAGUGUUCCAGCCCGUCUUCCCAACAGAUUGGCACAGGUACCGAGGUAAACUCCGCUAGCAAUACAAUCUCUGAUAACUGCAUGUCAGACGUAGAUGAUGGGAACACAGCGUUUAGUGAUUUAACUCAUGGGGUGGCGGAGACCGACUCAAAAGAAAACAUGGAUGGCAAAGAAAGUAGAAACCUGGAGUCAACCGCCAACAGCGAUCACAAGAACACGGCGUCAGUGAGCAUAUCUGAUGAGGGGUUGACUCCACUGGUAAACGAUACCCCAAUAGAUACAAACAACUUCAAGUCAAAGAUAGCAGUAGAGCCAACAACGGCCUCUGGCACCUUACCACAGUCGGCAGAGAUUGUGACAGAUUUCGGGGAAAAGAACGAUCGCAUUUCAGAAGAGAUUGACAGUUCGUCGAGGCUAACAGAAACCAACUCUGGCAUAAUCGCUUCACCAGAUGCAUGCAACAAUUCGAGCCAAAAAAUGCGCUUCGGCUCGGACGUGCUUCUGUUUUCCAAGACCACCCCUUCACCGCACCAGCCGCUGUCAUCCACAUCGUCAGUGUUAGACAACGAUAGUGGCAACAACGCCACUUACUCCCCCGAUAGUGGAGCCAGUCUGACAAGCCCAGCCUCGUCACAGAACUGUUCCACAGGAUCUGCUGGUAACGGAGGAACAUGUACCACUGGAGGUACACUAGAAAUAUCUCCAGAGUCAAACAGCAGUCAGUCUAAGACCGUCAGUGCGACGUUUGAUGACCCAUCGACUCCACCAUUUGACACUUCUGAAAACAGAAAUAAAACAAACUCUCAGCCGUCGAAACCGUGUGUAAGCGUGUCAGAGUCGCCGGAAGCGUACCACGACUCUCCGCGUUCUGCAUCAGAAAACAUUGAACUGAGUCCACCCCUGUUUUCUAGUCUUGGCGUCAACACGCCGUCAUCUGGGUUCGUUAGCAGUCAUCACAAGUCGAACAGAACGCCCACAAAUAGACCAGAGUCUAUCGGACAAGACUCUGGUUAUGAUUUCAAUGAAAUUGUCCUGGAUGGUAAACCUCAAGCCCUUGUUUCAGCAAACAACGGAAACAUUAACAGUAUGUUUUCCCCCGAAAAAGACAUCAGUCAGUUCGCUAGGGUGCCAUAUUAUGUCACCAACAGAGGAACUUAUUCCGUGACAACAGGCGAGGACGGUCAAGGUGAUUUUGUCGCCUCUUGGACCGGUAAGAGACAUUUGCAUAAUGGCGACUCAACGCAUGAGUCAGUUUCUAAUAAGCACAGAUUACAGUCACACAACGUGAAGUUUUCUCCAAAUGUGACUAUUAAAUCAAGCUCUGGGACUCCGAAUCAGUCUAUGCGAACUUUUUUCCAGAACCAUGGCAUGAACUACUCGGUACAUAGUACUAGAUUUGCUGGCGAUAUGCAAUACCCGCCUCAGUGCUAUCCUAAUUUCAUGGAGAAUAUGCAAAUUGAUCAAGGGACCCACGGCACCGGAUGGCCAAGCAGUGUUCAUGGGAUGACCAGCCAGGGACCCGCCGAAUAUGACUCACUAUUAUCGAGCACAGAACUUAAUUUUUGCAGUGAUACUGUUAACAGAGUUGUGCACGAAAACAGUUCUGCUAGUUAUUGCAAUAAUAACGGUACCUAUAACCCUACCAACAAUCAAUUUCGUCAGUACUCAGGGGUUCGUACACAGUAUCACAGCCUGACAUGUGCUCCACCCAAGGAUGCUGCGUCCCCUCCCUACCACCCAGCACACAUACCAGCAGGGUCGUCUGACAUGACUAACCCACCAUUCCAUGGCUAUCAUCAGAAUAUGGCCAAUUCGGUCAACCAUUUCCCCAACAGCACAGGGUUUGGGGCGCCAUUCCAACCAAUGAUUGGCCAGGACUAUACCAGCUACGGUAACCCCGAUCUGUACUCUGUCCAGGGCUACUUCAACUGAUCACACCACACAAAUUUCACAGCACUGAACCGUAUUACUCGCUUAAUUUAUAUCCAGAUUUUCAUCCAUAAAUGGUCUUAAUACGUUUUCUUUGGUGAGCACGCGGGUUUCGCUUCUUAAACGUGUGACAGAAUUUUAGUUGGAAAUGACAAUAAUGUGUCUAUUUUAACAAAGAAUCGAUGAAAAUUAUGUCCUGUGAACAUAAUACUUGCAUCAGAUCCAACUCUAGUUCAGGUUUUUGUACCCUAUGAACUACUCGAGUACCACUUAGGAAAGCUCACUAAUGUUAAUCUAUACCUGUUAUGUUUGAAUCCUUCAUACAAUGUUUCGCGGAACAAUUUUGAUUCAAACAGUGUUGUAAACUGCACGGUCUGUGAGCUUUUACAUCACGGGAAAUUUCUUCUGUCUCCAUGGUAACUCAGCUGAGAAAGCUUCAAUGUCUGAUAAUAUUUUUGAGAUUUUUUCUUAUUUUGCUUUUGUUUUCUAGUCAAAUAACUGAAUAACAUAUGUAAUAAGUUGAAUAUUUCGGAUUUGGUGCCAGUUUAUCAUGGGUAAGAGAAGGGGUAAAAUCGCCAUUUUGUGAUAAUCAAAUCUUUAUUGAAAUGCUUAUGUUUUUUAAACUUUGUUUCUUCCUUGAACUAAACAAAAAUUGUCGCAAACAAGCAUAAUUCACACGUUAUGAAAAGUUUUAGAAAAUUACAUCACAACGAUAUUGCAACAGCUGGAAUUAUAUGUGGAUCAAGGCCAAGUCUGUAACAUAAACUCUCCCGCAGUAGCGUUUACAUGUCUGUUCUACAUUUUUUUUACAAUGUCCGUUUUUCACACUGGCAAGCGGAGAGAUAUUUGUGUUUGACGUGAGCUGUUGGAACAUGCCUUAUUGUAGCAUACGUGGCUUUUUCAGAAGAGAAAUAUGGUCUGGAGGCACUCUUUAUGAACAUGUGAUAUUGAGGAUAUUUUCUUAGUGCUUUGGUAUUUUUUAACUGAGUAAUUUAUUUUACCUUUUACAUUGUCGACGGUGUGCAUCUCCACUCUUACUUGUCUCCCUACAAACAACAUUCUAUCCAUAAUCUGGAUCAUUCCUUUCCUGUGCAACAUAAAUCACAUCAUUUUUAUUUUUUGGCAAUGUCAACACAGUGGAAAAUGUCGUAUUUUGAGGGAACUGACAAAACGUCUUUUUUCCUAAUUAUUUGCUUUUUGUGUUCUUAAAUCGAUAAACGGGUAAUGUGGCAAAUGUAGUAUGCACCGGAUCAACCAUUUUGCAUUAAUUUGCCUUUGGUACUCACUGUUUCGGCUAGAGUAGUUGUCUUAUUUGCACACCCCACAUGAUAAUGCGUUUGUCUCCCGUAUAAAUUCCACGUUUAUCUCCCCUGACGUACAGAGACAACAUAGUGUUUCACCCAGAGUUAAGCGAUUCAGCUAUUGUAUAUUUUGCAGUGUUUACUAUGACUGAUGUUUAUAUUAUAUUAAGUCUGAUAUAUCUAUUUGUACCUCGGUUGCCAUACUAAAAUAAUAUUGUUAUGGAAAUCCAUU